ACUCUAAAACACAAACAAAUUUGGCAAAAACUAUCAAGAAACACAACACAACCCAACCCAACAUCAAUCCUGUCUGUCUUUUUCAACCAAGGUGUAUUAUUUUGGUGCAGCUUCAAGGUACAAAUCCAUAUCCAAAUCCAAAUCAAAACUACUGUUUGCUCUGUCCUAUUUGCUUAAAGCCCUUUCCUUUCUUGCUUUGUUUGCCCCUUUCUGUUAGAUUUCAUUUGAUUGAUUCAUUCAUGCAUACCUACUGUUUGUUCUUAUGACUCACUCACUCAAUAAUAGAGGGAAGAAGAAUGCCUCCAAAAUUCACAACCGCCAUUGUCGAUUCAGAGGACGAAUCAGAGGUCACAAGCCAAGUAGCCUCCAACGUCACCACAACAGUCGAUGCACCAGACCCAUCCACCACUAACCACCACCGUCUGCUCGACCUCACCCUCGCCAUCAACGCCGCCGACGACCACCGCGCCGACGCCGCCAAUCCUCCUCCUCCGGCGGCCGCGUCCCGAGUCUUCUCCUGCAACUACUGCCGCCGGAAGUUCUACAGCUCCCAAGCCCUGGGAGGCCACCAAAACGCCCACAAACGUGAACGAACUCUCGCCAAGCGCGCCAUGCGGAUCGGAAUGUUCUCCGACCGUUACGCCAGCCUCGCCACGCUGCCGCUCCACGGUUCGACUUUCCGGUCGCUCGGCAUUGAGGCGCACGCCGCCUCCGUCCACCACCACUACGUGCAGAGCUCCGCCGCCGUCAGGGGCGGCGCCAGGUUCGUAGAUCAUGGCUAUUACGGCUUGCCGUCGCCGGUGUACGUGGAGUACGAUGAAGCCGAGCUUUCUUGGCCCGGGAGCUUCCGGCAGGGGAUCGAAUGUUCCGAUAUUAAUUUCGCCGCCGGAUCGAUGAUUUUGCCGGCGGCGGCGGCGGCGGCGGCGCCGCCUCCGGCUAGGACGGAUAUAUCAGCUCUCCCUGAUCUGAAUUUGAAGCUUUGAUCAACAAAUGGGUAUUUUUGUAAUUUUGUAGCGCCAUUUUGGUUGUAACCGUUGGAUGGAUAUUUCUGUGACAUUUUUUAUGGAUUGGAUAAUGUACAGAGAGACCUUAAUUUGAACA